UCUAAAAUGGCUGAACUAUGUGAUACUCCAGCUAGCAAUCUGAGGAGUCAAUACAUCUUUCUUGUCCUUGUAAUACUGGAUUGCAGUCAUUCAAAUCAAUGUGUAGUGGAAUCUCACUGAAUUCACAAUCUGUUUACCCCUAAUGGUUAUUGUUAUGUGUUUUGUUGAGGACCACCCUUGUGCCUGAUUCACGAGACACCAAAAGACCACCAGGAGUCGAAUCCUUUCCAAAACACGAGGAUCUUUUUAUUACAAGCUAUAGCUUCUGCUAACACCUUCACCGCUGCAGCGGCUGAGAGCAGAGUCUCGUGCUCAGGAGUGAAGUCUCACUUUGCAGCCCACGAUGGCUUUCGGCCAGCCUCCUGCCUCAGUCUGUGUACAGGGAUCACAGGCCUAAGCAUCAUGUUGUGCUCAGACUAGCAGUUAUUUGAUACAGGAGAUUCCUGGGCAGAGGUCUUCAGCAGUUUUCAGGACCAGGUUAGCUGUUAGGGAAGCGAGGUGAGAGGGCAAAAUAGAAUCUUCAGAGUGGUGGGCCUCGAAGUGUGGGCUCUGCUCCAGCUUUGUCAUCACUAAGAACUUGGAAGGGACACAUUUUCUGGAGCCCAUAUCACAGAAACAACAGAAACUCAGGGUGGGGCCUGGCAAUCUGGUUUUCAUCAAGCCACGUGGUUCUGAUGCGGCGAACAUUUGAGAAGGCCCUGCUUCCAGGCAUCAUUACCAGCAGCUGGAGAAGCACGAAUCACCUGAGCAAUAAAGGCUGGGCCCUCCAAGACUGAUUUGUUCUCAAGAAUGGAGGCCUGUGGUUGAGAGCAAUUCCAAGUUGCAGACAGCCUAGGUCCAGAUUUUCCAGGAAGAUCUGGAAAUGGGACUCAGGGUCAACAUUCUGGAGGUCAGGGCAUGUAUUUCUUUAAGGAGUAUAAUGUGUCCUAGAGAUGGCAAGUGCCACCCUGACAAAAUACUUCUCAGCGUCUUUGCAUUAUGUGACCGUGGUGUUGGUUAACUCUGGGACCCAGAGGCUUUUCCAAAGCUCUCCAACAUGUCCUCCAUCUUCCUUCCAAGGUCCAGUGGGAGAGUCCCUGUUUUGGGUCUGCCAGGUGGGGCAGUUUGUGAUGGCUGACCUCACAGGAGUCCCUUGUGAUGUCAUUGCCACCUCAAGAUGCCCUGAAGGUCACAGAGGACUCAGCCCUGGGCCCUGCGGCUUGCAGGGCCAGGCUGCUGCUGGCAGGUGCAUGCUUCCCAGCGUUAGCUGCGGGAGCCGCACGCAGGCGUGAGCCAGCCUGGCGUGCUGUCUGCUUAGCAGGUGCUGCUUGUUUGCCCAACGCCAGCUUCAGGAAGGGGAUAGACUACAGAAUUUCGCAAAAGGGCCACCUAAGUUUUCUUCUGAGCAAGUACAGUGAUCGCUGUCCCAGGCAGCUGGGAUCCUGGAAGUUGCCGUGGUGGAAGCUCCGAGGUGAAGGAUGGUGAGGAGGAAGUGCAUCUGCGAACUGUGCUCCUGCGGGCGGCAUCACUGUCCACAUCUCCCUACGAAGAUUUAUGACAAAACAGAGAAACCAUGUCUUCUCUCCGAGUACACCGAGAACUAUCCAAUCUACGACUCUUACCUGCCCAGAGAUUCCUUCAAGCCCAAGUUGGUAUACGAGAAAGGAGCCAUCCCAAUGGAUGGCCUGACGACAUCCAGGAGAGAUUUUGGACUUCACAAAAUAGCACCAAUGAAAUUCCACGAGCGUGAACCGUACAUUCCAAGCGAAGAGCCUAUGGAUUUACUCUCAACGUAUAAACAAGACUUCAACUACAUCCGUGGCAGUCAAGCUGGCCCCAUCAAACCUCGGGACAAUAAGUUUCCACGUGGUGACAAGAUACAGUAUCUGCCUUCUUACAAAGCUGAUUAUUUACCCUGGAACCAACCAAAACGAGAGCCUAUUCGUCCGUCACACAACUACCGGCCACAGUCUACCAGCUUUGAAAACAGAACCACACAUCAGGACGACUAUGCCCUGAAAGGCCUUGUGACUACUGUGAGCUGUAAGCCUGCACUCAAGACAAAGCUCUGUAAUGUCCCCUUUGAGGAUCUGACUAACUACAAGAUGGACUAUGUGCCCCACCCGAUGGAGAAACCCUUUGUUAAAGAGGCAGAAAAAUUUAGACCCUGUGACCUUCCCUUUGAGAACCUGACCACCCACAGAGAGUCCUUCCGAGGCCUCCGGGGGGAGCCUGCCAAGAGCUCAAAACUUCCAGCCAAGUGGUCUGCACAAUGUAUACCUUUUUCAUACACCACAGAGGUCCAAGAAAAGUACCAAGCUUGGCCAAGGGUCCCGUUGUUUUCCAAAGAGCCCAUCGAGUAUAUCCCUUCUGAUGAGAAGAUGGAUCUUCAGACAACUACGCAAACCCACUACAGAUACAUUAAGGGUAGCCGCGCUCAAUCUUGCAAACCCCUGCUUUCUGUCAAGAAGGGUGGCCACUUUGAAAGCUCCACCACCACCAAGGAGGCCUACAAGCAGUGGGCAGUCGUGAACACAAAGCCGAUCAAACCCGUCCCCCAUCUGUCCCUGCCUACUGAGCCUUUGGACUACCAGACCACCACCAAGACCUGCUAUGUGCCCCACCCACCGACCAGUACUAAAAACUACAAGCCCCUCUGGACUGGUCCUCGGAGAAAUGUCCCCGUGGAGGGACAGACUACUUACUCCAUUAGCUUUACUCCCAAGGAAUUGUGCCUGUGCCCAGCGUCAUACUCAGAGCCUCCUGGCUAUGUCUUUGAAGAAGUAGAUGCUAUGGGGCACAGGAUAUACAGGUCAGUUUCUCAGCCAGGUUCUAGGCAGGACAGCUGUGUUUCUAUACAGGAUCCAAAAAAGCCUGGCCAGAAGGAACUGGAAGUGUCAGCCUGACUUUGAAAAAAAAAAUUAAAACAACAACAAACAAACUGCACAGUCCCUUUAAAAGCAGACAACUAAAAAAAUUACUCAGUGAAGAAUUUCCCAAAGUAAAAACAAAAAUUAAACCACCUACCUCAAAAGGCAAAACAUUAUCACCAGUUCCAGGAUGGCUGAAUAACGUGAGAAUUACUUGAAUAAAGAAAAAUGACAGGUACUCAUUGGCUGAUUAGCACCCCAUGUAGCCCCACCCACACCCCCUGCUGUAUCUCUUUAACCCUUUCAGGUCCCGUUUCAUGGCAUCAAAGAUGAUCAGUGACAUUUCUGUGAUCUUGAUCUAAUUUAAUUAUUGUAUCAAUUGAUAUUAACC